GUGGCGUGUUUGACCAAUUACAUCUACGUCAUCAAGCUGCGACAACCCAGCUUGGACGAGACGCGUCCGGAGAUGGCGACUCGUCCACCCGCUAUCCGUACUGACUUGGAUCCCAGGCUCUCCAUAGAACUUAAUCCUCCAUCACCCACCGUGCCCACAACCCCCACGACACCUCUCCCUUCCUUUACCGUUGAACCGUCUUCGAUCACUGAGAAGCUACGUUCGUCCAAGAACAGGAUUCGACAAGAAUCCCGUAAACUCCUCGCUCUCGUCCUUGUACAACUUCAAGAACGUACUCUGCCUCCCCCCCUCUAUGACACGUUUACCACGACUUAUGACGGUGCUGGAAGCCAUAGUUUUGCUGCCAUAGCGCAGACCGUCCGUGUUGCUGUCAAGAAGCGGACAGGGCUAUCCGAGAUAUCGUCUCCCACUCUCAAUAACUCGGAUGAAGAGGAGGAAGAGGAUGAUAUGACUUUCUCGACGGACGCGACAUUGGAUCUCUUGACACAGCUUCGGGACGUCCUGAUCAUAUCUGCGGCACAGGGAUGGCAGAUAUUCGACGAAGGCUAGGUCUGCAGCAGAAAUGCCUGCUCAGCAGAAUAAGUCCCCUUUUCGCAUAUCACGCAGCCGCAAUAGCUUGCAGCCCGGGCGGCGUUCUCGAUCUCCGUCCCCUGCCCAUCCUAAUGCACCACCUCAUCUACUUGAACAAUGUGUAUCUGUCCUCGCUUCCAUAAUUCUCGAGGACUGUCGUUUCCGUAUGCACUUACCUCGGCCUUCGCGGCCGCCAAAUUCACUGCAGGCCAUGGUGCUCGAUGUCGGGCAGUUUCUGAUCCACACUCAUCGGCACGAUUCCAAGAUCGUUGCUGACUUGAGUCUUGCUCUGAUACCGGCAUUCUCUUCAUUUCCGUCAGAGAUGCAUAUACGCCUGCUCUCUUUCUUUGAAGAGGGCAUAUUCCGUCACCUUUUGGACGAUCUCCAGCGGGCUCGUGGAAUGAGAAAUGAAGCGGGGAGAGACGAAGUGCAUGCGAUUCCUGGUGCCAUAUCCAUCACGGUCGCAGCGUACGAAGACUCUCCGACAGAGAACGGGCCAUACGGCUGGGCCCCUUGGUCUUCAGCGACGGCUACUGACAAGUGUACUGUUUCUGCCAGUGCACCUGGCCAGUCGCAAGUGGUCACGCGCCUGGCUGCAUUGAUAUCUCCGCUACUUGCCACCGUCCUCGAAUUUGUGGAUGCAAACUCAGAGCGCCUUGAUGUUGUUCACCGUUUCUACCGACUGAUGGAUCUCAUUGUCUCUGCAAAACCCGAUGCCUACAUGGAUGUUCUGGAAGUUGCAGCUUACCAUCCUCAGGCGCGGCGCUCGGCCUUGGCUCUUCUCUUCAGAUUUUGGCCCAAGGCUCUGGGGCAUUUAGUUAUCGCACGACCGCUCGAUCCGCAAUCAUCUCCGCACCUCCAUGUCCACCAGUUUCUCCCCUGGCGCUAUGACGGACAACUUGUUCCAUGUCAUUCCUGCGCAGCAUCUGUCGAAGGUUUCGGACUCCAGUGUCCAUUUUGUCUGUGUAGUGUUCAUUUCGGAUGCCACGACGAUCCCGGGGGUAGUCUUGUCCUGCCAUAUUCGCCGGAUGAAAACGUUCAACGGCUCGCCUCGUUCCGCUUUUCGACUGUUCUCGAUGAUCGCUGGCAUCUUCGGCCGAGGAGGACUGGUGGACACUCAUGGAGGCUAGUGAACAUGUUCACGAUGUGUCUGUGCUGUGUGUGUCGAAAGCCCCUUUGGGGAUGCUCGCGGCAAGGGUUGCACUGCGGGCUGUGCUUUCAGUUCGUCCAUUCGACUUGCGUGCUUCCCGAUCACACGUGUUUCGGAAAAGGCACCACGCACAGCCCCGAGUCUAUUUCGAUCGAAUGGGCUAUGCUGCGAGCAUCGUGCAAAGAACACUAUCCCUCGGUGCUCUCUUUGACUGAGCAAGAGCUUAGCUCCAAAAGCUAUGAAGAGAUCUGCAUCUUGUCUGGAAUGCUUUGGGCGCAAUUGCAAAUAAUGACAAAUGGAGUAUCCUCUGGCUCCAUCGAAAUCCUCCAGAAGGGCAAGAGUGCAGCUCACGCCAAGGGCCACAAAGUAGAUGAUUUCGAGUUGCAUCACGUGUUACGCUGGUGCGAGGGGCUGUUAGCCUCUGAUUUGCUGCGGCAAUCGAUAUCCAUGGGCGACUAUCUCGAGCUGUCAAAGCAGCCGCGAUCGGUCCACGGCCUGCUGUAUGAUUGGACUCAUCUAACGUUCAUUGCCAGCACCAUCAAAUCUCCUUACCCCAUCCCGAUCACGUCGUCCACCUUUCUCAAUGUCUCUGGGGAAGAGCCUGCCUCCGAGUCCCAGCAUCCCUUUGAAAUGGCACCGCUCGGCCAUAUGCGAGACAUUCUUGGAUACGAAUUCCUCGUGCACAGUGAUGUCGCCGCUCAGUUUCUGCUGUCCCACUUGCAAGAUCUCGGUUUUUUCACCGCACUGAACCCUGCGGAAGCGUUUGUCGACGUCGAUCAGGCGAACUCUGAUUCAAUGUGUGUCUUCCCGAUUCCGCUAGGGAUGGACAUCUCUAGUCAGGUUGAGACGCUGUAUUCCGCGAUCGAGGCAUGUUUGGCCGAUUUGGAUCUCUCGGUAAACGAGACGGGCUUUCUGCUUCUUCUACGAAAGCUAUGGCCGAAUGGGAUGGCGACAGACUACUCUUUGAAAAGACUCCUACGCGCAGUGGUCACGUGGAUCGUCGCUGAGAAAGAAGUGCUGGCUACUAUUCUUCGAGACUAUCUUACCAAAGGUCGACCACUGCCCGGUGUGCGUCUACCGACAGACUCUGUUACGUGGGCUUCUUCCCGAUCUGGUCGUAUGGCUCCGGCAAAUGGCGGAAAUAAUGGCGGCGAUUAUCUGGCUGCGAGAAGGGCUCUUCAGAGCCGAUAUGUCCUGAAAUGGCUGUCAGAACUGUACAGGCUUGAUCCUGAACUGUAUGGCACGUUGGUGUAUGAAGUGUGCUGCGAGAUCAUUGAAGCGCAGUCCCACACAUCGCCAGCUCUCACCGCCGAGGAGCAAAAACUACGUGAUGCCACCUCUCUAGACGGAAUUCUAGGCAGCAUCCAGCAGUUCGUGGAGGUUGUCUCGGAUGAUGGCGAGACUCUCGUGUUCGAGUCGCUAUUCCUGCGAUGGCUGGAGCGUGUUUCAGACACUGGUCUGUACAUGAUGCCUAUGCCUACUUUGCUGCGCCUCUUUCCGCGUGAUGCAGAUCUUUCUCAGCGUCACAGCACCUACGGAGACCUAGCGAACCUCGCGCAGAUGUCAGCUCAGACCGACCCAUGGCGGGUUGUCGUAGAUACGGCUUCGCAAUCGAGAGACGGCUUUCUCCGCAGCAUAGAAUGGCUUUGCUGCUUUGCUCGCUCUGGUGUCGAGAUAUCAGCCGCUGUGUUCGAACGUUUCUCGUCUCUCGCACCCCUCUUCCACGCAUCAUUGGAGGAGUCGACGCUGCUCGUUGAAGCGAUAAUGGCCGCCACUUGGCUGCGGCCAGCGUCCAGAGAAAGGCUUCAGGCAGUCAUCGCUUCGCUGCACACGCUGCUUUUGCCUCGCCUCGUCGAAGACCUUGCCGCCCGGCUAGCCGUUCCUCAGAUUCUUGAGUUCAUUCGCAAAUCAUUGGGCACUUGUCUGCUGCUGUAUGGCUCGCACAGAGAGACCAUCGUCGAUUUGGGCCUCAUCAAGGGAUCAGAAGUUGACUCGCUUCCCAGCCGGCGCAAAGUCAAUGGCCGAGGCGAGCCUCAAACGGACCCAAUUGUGAUCCACGCUGAAAUAGUGCACGCGCUGGAAACUUAUCUGACGACGGCAACCGUGGAGGAAGUGCCCUGUUUGAUCGCCAAGUACUUGAACCUGUUCCUGCACGACACUCCGUUCCUGCAGUCGUAUGAAGUUGACAACUUCAUUUUGCGCAAUGCACGGUUUCUCACUGAAUGCGCCUGGAAAUUCUAUGAGAUACAGCGACACGACAUCUCGUCAGUCAGAACGUCUUUUUUCCUGAGGGUCGUGGUUGUGGACUCGCAGCCUCUCCAGCAGUUGCUCCACGAAUGGCUUCUUCCUACUGCGCAAUGGCAGCAGCGCUUGUUGGCCGUGACGCGACUGUUCCGAGUCGUCAUGGAUGUGACCAGUCCAUUAUUCAACAUCGAUGGUCGACAGUGGAGGUCGAGUGUCAUCGAGGUCUUUUAUCGCUUCUUUUCUGCUUUGUGGGUGGACGAGAAGGAAGAGAUUCGCGUCGUGGUCGAUACGUUCACGUCUAGCUUGCUUCCCCCGCACUUUGAUGCGAUUAGUCACUGCUGGACGGAGGCAUUGGCCAUUUCUCCCAUUGCAGAGAGAGUGAAACUCGUCUCAUUUCUGAUACAACUCCGACCUCAUUUCCCAUCGUGGAAAGUGCUGACGUGGGAGGUCAUCAUCGAGAUCGGGCUCUCUGAGGACGAGUUUGACCAUAAAAACGACACGGUGAGAUCUGCAACGCACUUGUCUUUGUACGGUCUGGCCUCUUCGAGAGACGAAGUCGGUGUGCAGUCUUUCAACACAGAUCCCGACAUGUCGAUCCUACGCGGGACGACUCUGUUGCUCAGUCUGCGCAUGAUCUCAGACGGUGUGCCUAUUGACCCGUUCCAAAUCCAGAAGAUCAAGGUCGCCCUCGUCAAAGCUAUCGGAUUUGCCGACGUGUCUGUUGCUCCUUCCACCAGCGGCCAAAACAUUGUUGUGUAUUUUGGAGAUUCGCAGCACAUCCCGGAGAACUUUUUGCCCUGCGUCAAUGAAUUGUUCAUGCUCUUGGAUGCACCUCAUCCGCUGGAACACAACGAUGCGUCUUUCCUCGUGGGAUCGGCCUUCGCCGAUGUCAUACUCAACCUGAUUUGCACCGGUGACCUGAUGUCGCUCCCGGUUCUGACGUUGAAGAGUCUCGUCGAGUCGCUGGGAGUGACGCUCUACAAGCACAACUUUGACCACCGGCGCCUGAAACAUCUGCAGCCGUCCCUCCGACGGGCGGUCCUUCGCGUGCUUGAGCUGAUGCUGGACGACGUCAGCUACGAAAUCCGCCAACUCUGUCUCUCGGCCACUCAGGCGUUUAUCAAGCGUUGGCCGGCGUACACUGGUUCGAUCGUCUACACAUCAGUCGAGCAAGCGUGCAAGUUGAUCGCGAUGCAGCCUCACAGCCCUCAAGACGCGUUGGUCGGCCAGGCAAAAGCGUUUGUCGGAAGCACGCUGACGAUGUAUGCGAGCAACGGAUUCGUGGCUACUUUGUUCAAGCGACGUCUGGAUCCGAAUCUAUUCACGAUCGUCAAAGACAUAACGGACGCGAAGGCACGGCAGGCGGUCGGGGAGACACUCCGGGAGACAUUGCUGCGCGACACGCUACCCCGGAUCGCCGAGAACGACGCCGCAACAAUCCAGACGAUGAUGGGCAACGUCCUGACGUUCAUGGAGGUGGUGCAUCAUCAGAACUAUUCCGCCGAUCUCAUGGCUUUCGUGGGCCAGCAGAUUGUCAUCAUUGCUCGACGGUUCAUGGAACUCAGCGCUGAAGGGGCUGCAUUGGAGACCGGUCCGCUCUUUAUGAUCCCCGCCCUGGUUAUCCAACACAACAAGUCUAACAGCCGAGAAACGGUCUUGGCGGUAGAUUCUAUUCUCCGAGUGCUAUUGCAACGGGUGAAUGUAGAGUUCGACAGCCUGUCCCGUUUGAUUCAUGUGACUGCAAGUAUGUAUCGCAAAACGCAGCCGGGCGAAGCCAGUCCAGUGGUGUUUGCAGUCUUCGAAGCCCUCUCGGACGUCCUUCGGUUCAAAGCACGCGCAUCCCCCUUGUCGUUGAAGUCCAUGAUCGAGGUUGUCGCAUCCCCAGACCAGCCGGGCCUCAUGUCGUUUGCCAACACCCAUACAAAUCAUUUCAUGAGUAUGGCAGAGUUCGCUUUCCCGUUCCUUCAAAACUACACUUGGACCGAUCCACGCUCGGACAAUGACUUUUAUGCUUGCCUUGCUGUCGCGAAGCUGGUAGUACAGGCAGCGGCGUUGAACAGCAGCAUAUACGGCCGCUUGUCUGACUCUACCGAGCGCGCAGGACGACAGAAUCUGAGUGUUCGCACAUGGAACAUCACGUUGCUUGCCAUCCUACUCGAAAAUUCGACCACAGCCAUCGGACCCGUGUUUGGAAUGUUCUCAGCAUUCUCCACCCUACACAACAGCACUCUGAGGGCGUAUUCGACGCUGGCAACCAACGUGGAUGAAGCCACUACAGACAUCAACCAUGCCUACAUUGCGCUCAAGCUCUGGCUACUUCUCAUCCAUAAGACUUCAGCUGAGAGCAAUGCCUCGGCGCUGAUGGUGUGGAACGAGUUGUGGCCUCCAUUCGAGCGACUUAUCGGCGUGCUGGAGGGUAACCUCGGCAUGGGCAUGUCUCUGACGAUCGCUUCCAUGACAUGGUCCACGAUUGCGGACAUCUUCAUCUUCUUGCGCUGUCUUCGCACUCCCGCUGCACUCGAGAUUCAGCCACAGGUAUCUAUUCUGAAUCGUUUGAAGACGAUUGGCGGUCAGGACUCGUCGAUGAGCAAGGUCACUCGCGCGCUCAAAUUCCUCUCCGAGCCGCCACCCGACAUAGGAACGGACGCACUGGUGCACCAGACCGUGAAGGAUUUCAUAGCAGCCGAAAAAGUUCGUUUACUCGAGUCGGUGCGAGCAGGGCAAGGAAGAUAGGUGCAAUGCAUAAUAUGUAGAACAAUACACUGUGGCUUCAUGAGAAUUUAUGCAAUUGUAAUGACAGAUUUGAA